CACAAAACUCAAACAAAUCGAACUAAAAAGGUGAUAUUCGUAAUCAGCACAAAAUUCUGCAUCGGAUGAUGUGUCUUUCAAGGAAAAAUGAAGAGUGCUUGAUUUUUGAAUUAGCGGCACCUUAUAUGCACGAACCACUAAACUUCCCAUAAUCUUUUUUCCGGACAUUGUCUGUAGAGAGCUGCUAACAUAAUACCAUCCGCGUAAAGAAGAAAAGAAGCAUGAUGUUCUCUUGCUAUGAAGCCACCAGGUGUAUGAACACUUAUUUAGUCUUGGAACAAUGCUCGCCAAGAUAUUUAAAAACAGUGGCACGAAAAAAAUUCAUGUAAGUUUUCUUCUUCCGUUUGUAAAAGAGUAAUUUGUGUUUAGCUUAUGUUACUUGCUUCGAUAAUGACCAAUUAGCGGCGUACCAAACGGAUGAGUUGAGAUGAGCUUAGCCCUUCCAACCUAAGAGUUUUUAACAUUUUCAAUUUUAUACCAGAUCUAACGCAAAUAAUUUAUUUAAUUGCUCUGUUUUUCGCUGUUAACUAUAGAUUGUCUCUUACGGAACUAAAACGCACUAUCUCGACAGCUUCUAAAAAGUCUUGGGGCAGCGUCGACCCCCAUUGUAAAAUCCUGGCUACGUCACUGGUAUAAAGAGGUCGAAAUAUCCGGAAAAAUUCAGUGAAUCUAGAAAAAUGAAACUCAAAUUGACGGGCCUGCUAAUUAGUUUUACCUACAUAUUCUGCCAGAUUUACUUAACUGGUAGUUCAGAAAAUUUUUGACUAUAGUUACGAAAAAAGUGUUUAUUUAUUUGAUUUAUAAAAUCCCUUUAUUUUCCCUUUUUCAGCUCAGUUGAAAGUAUUGAAUAAAAGUCAUCAUUACUUACAACUCAAAGAAUUAGAAUUGAACCGUCGUAUUUAUGUAGACAACGACGACAACAUACUAUCAUUAAUAAAUGUUAAUAUUCGUAUCUCACAAACAUCUCAUCUAUUAAUUCAGCAACUAAAUUUUGUCUUGGAAUCAAAAACAUCAUCAUUAAUUAUCACGGGACCAUCGGGUUGUGGAAAGUCAUCAUUGUUACGUCUAUUAGCUGGUUUAAACUACAAUUUAACUGAUGAUAACGAUGACGAAGAGCUAAUUGAAACAUCAUGUAUUAAAAUUUUAUCUAAACAAUCGAUCUUAUUAAAACAAGCAAAAUAUGGUGAUAGUUUGUUGACCAUUCAAAAAGAUGAAGAACACCAAUCAUAUCAACUACUAAAACAAUUUAAUUUACAUCAUUUAAUCGAUCGUUAUACAUGGGAUACAAGACAAUUAUGGUCAAAAAUAUUGUCUGUCGGAGAACAACAACGACUGAUUAUUGUUUGUUCGUUAUUGAUCGGAAGUGAUCAAAUAAAAUGUUUUGUUUUGGAUGAAACAACGAGUGGAUGUGAUGAACAAACAGAACGUUCUAUCUACAAUAGUUUAAAGCAAUCACCAAUUCAAUAUAUAACUGUAUCACAUAGACAUAAUUAA